CCUUGUCGGGAAUGGUGUGCCCUCUUAUAGUGGGCGCCAUGACCAAACACAAGUCGCGUGAAGAUUGGCAGGGUGUCUUCCUCAUCGCUUCAGUUGUUCACUAUGGUGGAGUGAUUUUCUAUGGAAUCUUUGCGUCAGGGGAGAAGCAGCCGUGGGCGGACCAGGAGGACACCAGCGAUGAGAAGUGUGGCAUCAUCGACGAGGACGAACUGGCCAAUGAGACGGAAGAGAUGUACCGCACUGGCGGAGGGGGGCAGUAUGGAGCCAUGAGCCAGCCAACAGCGGGCCCCAACGGAGGAGGGGGUGCUGGAGGGGGGGCAGGGUGGGUCCAGGACUGGGAGAAGACGGAGGAAUAUGUUCAACCUCCGGGAUACAACCAGUAACUCUACGGAGGGAGAGAGAGAGGGAGCUCACAUAAUGCCCUAUUCAGACUUGAGAUAAGUUGACUAAACAUGGACCUUAGUCUAAAAAGGCUGACUUAAGUCCAUGUUAAGUAUACUGUACCUUUCUCAAGUCUGAAGAGAGGGGAGAUAGGGAAGAGAGGGGGGAUAGGGAAGAGAGGGAAGAGAGAGAGAGGUGAAAUAAGAAAGGGCAGAUGUUUUGGCAAAUGACAUGUAGUGGGGGAAGAUAGAGUGUUAGCAAAUUGUCAUAGGUGUGUUUUUGUAUAUAGGUACAUUUACACAUGUGGGACAUUAUAUGAAUUGUAUGCAUUUGUAUAAGUGUGUGUGUGUGUGUGUGUGUGUGUGUGUGUGUGUGUGUGUGUGUGUGUGUGUGUGUGUGUGUGUGUGUGUGUGUGUGUGUGUGUGUGUGUGUGUGUGUGUGUGUGUGUGUGUGUGUGUGUGUGUGUGUGUGUGUGUGUGUGUGUGUGUGUGUGUGUGCAUGAACAUUUUGCCUGUUGAACCUGAAACUCUUAUUGGGUCACUGUUGCUCACUCAUCAGUUGAGUUUAAUUUACAUGUCAUUUACUUUCAAACAAAUAAUUCUCCAUGAGCUGUCUGUCGGUUUUGUGAGUGUCUCUGGAAAUUAAAAAAUGUAAGUGUCUCAUUUUUGAAAAGCUUGUUGUUGAUAAGCAUGGGUGGUAUGGAUGACUGCGACUCAGCCCAAUGCUUAUUUUCAGUUGCUACUGGCCUAUGUUGCACACAGCAGUCCAAUGUUUCGAGCAUCGGCAAAGUGGGCAUUAUAUCCAUGAGAAAGGGCCAUGAGUUACUCCACUGAAUCCUGUCAGAGACCAGUUAAAUGGUGCUCCAGAAUUCAGACAUUAUUGUCAUAUUACCCUCUCAGUAUUUUAGGCAUUUUGCCAAAAUCACUGAAUGCACUUAUAUGUAGAAGUCAAUAUUUACUGUAUGUAGGCUACUGUUCCUUUCUAUAUACGUUUCUAUGUAUUAGACAGUACUCUCCCGAAGUGUGUGUGUGUGUGUGUGUGUGUGUGUGUGUGUGUGUGUGUGUGUGUGUGUGUGUGUGUGUGUGUGUGUGUGUGUGUGUGUGUGUGUGUGUGUGUGUGUGUGUGUGUGUGUGU